AUGGCAAAUGAUCUCACUAACCGCGGAGGUCCACCCGAACAGACUGAUUUGAAUGGUGUUACUACUACCGUUCCAGCGGUCGCUACCAUACCAAGUAAUGGCACUAACACGACUUCCUCGUCCGCCUCUCCUACUACCGCUCCUACGACUUCACACUCGCUCUUUGAGCAUAAUGCACCUUUCACUCAUUCCAACGAUCAGGUUGGUUCUGCAGAAAAUCUUGCCGAAGAAGAGAUUAAAGAGGAGGCAGCAGUAGAAGAAUCAG